AUGGGCAGCUACGAUGGCGCUGAGACAUGUGAGCUAGUAGGAAGUUUCCUGCUUUCACAAUUAAAACACCUUGACGUCAACAUAGGGCUCUACAGAGACGACGGUCUAGCCAUUUCUAAUGCCGCACCGAGAGACAAAGAAAACAUCAAGAAGGAAAUAUGCCGUGUCUUUAACCAAAAUGGACUACGCAUCACAACUGAAGCCAAUAAACAGAUCAUUAACUUCCUAGACGUCACCUUUAACCUUAACAACAGCACCUACCGGCCCUUCACAAAGCCUAACACCACGCUACAGUAAGUCCAUCGCGAGAGCAACCACCCACCGAUCACCACAUAACCGCCGGCAUCAACAGACGGCUAUCAUCCCUUUCAUCGAACAAAGCAUCAUUCGACCAAGCCAUCCCCCCGUACCAAAAAGCACUCGACGAAAGCGGAUACCACUACACUCUACACUACGAACCGACUACAACUGCUAAACGGAGAAACAGACAACGCAACAGCAUCCUCUGGUACAACCCCCCAUUCAGCAAAAACGUCAACACCAACAUCGGUCACAGAUUCCUUACACUAGUAGACAAACACUUCCCUAUUAAAGGAGAACAAACUAAGAAAAAUCUUCAACCGCAAUACCAUCAAGAUCAGUUACAGUUGCAUGAAUAA